AUGGCCAAAUAUAACAACAAUAAUUAUGCCAAUAAGGCAACAAAUUUGAAACAACAAGUAGUUUUACCUACUUAUACUUUGGAUUCAAAUUUGGUUUUAUUGCCAGGUAUAAUGUAUAAUGUAACAUUUUCAAGAUUUAAAGCUGCUGCCUUAUUAUACCGUUAUAAAAAUUUCAUUUCACAAGUCUCCAUUAUUAACAACUUGUUAAGUGAAUACGAUUUUAAUAGUGGCAACAGCAAUGAAGAAGAACGUUCUGAAACUGAACAAAAGAUAGAACAAUCUCUGUUGGGACAACCAGAAACUUAUCAUGAGAUAAACCCUAGUGUGAUUUCCACGGAAGCAGUUGAAGGUAUUAAAGAGUUUUUCCAAUAUGAAACCAAUAUGAAAACUGGCCGAGGAGGAAAAGGAGAAAAAGAAGCUAAAUCCACAAAUGAUGGUAUCAAAGAAUUUGAUUGGUUAACAUUAGCAAUCAUCCCAAAUUUAGAUAAAAUCAAGGAUCCAGAAACCAACUAUAGUAUUGGAGAUGCAGCAAAAUUGACCAAUGUGGUUACUGUUGCUAGGAUUAUAGGUAUCGUCGAUGAUUCUACCAAUAUUAAAUUAACUUUACAAGCAAUCACUAGAGGAGUGCAAAUAACUGAUGAUAGUAAAAUGAAUCAACAUAAAAAUGGGUUGAAAACGAAUGAACAAGUCAUUGGAAUUGAUUGGAAUCAUAAUGUUUCCGAUUUAAAGGGAAAAUUCAAUGCUUUGCAGAAAAAUUAUCAACAAUUGUUUCAAUCAAUAGAUAAAUUCCUUAUUGAUUACCGUGAAGCAUUAGAUUAUAAUAAGAAUAAUAGCAAUAACAAAAAUGGAAAUUUAUCUUUAAUUAAAGGUAAUGCUACCAUUAACAAUAAUAAAAAUUCAGAUGAUAAAUCAAAUCAAGACAUUAAAAGUCAGAAUUUAUUGACACUCAAUCCUUUAGCUAAUGCUUUAUAUAUGCAAUUAGUUGGUUCAAAAGACUUCAAUAAGGCAUUCCAUCGUUUAGAGAAGUUAUUUUCUCAGGUUUCUAAAAAUGAUGAAUAUAAAAUUGAUAAUGAAACUUAUUUACGAUUAGUUGAUUUGACAUGUGGGAUUUUACCAUUUCCAAAUUUUCAAAAAUUGGCAUUAUUAAAUAAAUAUAAAUUGGAUGAUCGAUCAGUAUUAAUCAAUGAAAUGAUUUUACAAUUGAUUCAAAUUUUUGAGAAUUUGCAAACCAAUAAUUCAUUUGUCAAUAAUUGGUUUCAUAGUGAGGCAACAAAUAUUCAAAAGGCAAAUGUUGUCGCCAAUCAAUUGAAAUCAAUUAGAAAUUUAUUGGAAGGAAUGACUAAGAAUCGACCAAUAAAAUCAAAUAAAAGAAAUCCAGGACCAGCUUCAUCAUCAGGUCCUUCAUUUUCCAAUGGCAAAUCUUCCCCUGGUAGAGCUAACGCUAGACCAAAAUCAAACCAUCAAGAUGGAUUUAAUGGAAAUGAUGGUGAUUACAAUGACGUCGAUGAUGAUGACGAUGGGGAUGAAGAUUUGAAAGCAAUUUUUAAUUUCAUUAAACAUAAAUUACCCACAAUUUCAACCUUAUCUGCCGAUUCAAAACGUUUAAUUCUUAAAGAUUUCAAACGUGUUAAAGCAUCAGCAAAUUCUCCCGGUGGAGGUGGUAAUUCUGAUUUCCAUGUUUUACGUAAUUAUUUAGAAAUUGUUAUGGAUAUUCCAUGGGAUAAUUAUGUGACUAAAUUCAAAUCUAAUAAAGAUAUUGAUUUGAAAUUAGCUAAAAAACAGUUAGAUGAUGAUCAUUAUGGAUUAGAACACGUUAAAAAGAGAUUGAUACAAUAUUUGGUGGUAUUAAAAUUGUUGGGUAUUAAUGCAGAAAAAGAUCAAUCUGAUAAAUCACAACCCAUUAAGGAUAACUCCAAAGACUCACCAAAUUCUAGUUCAAAAGCAUUAACAAAAUCUCCAACAUCAUCGUUAUCACGCAAAACAAUAUCAUCUAUUGUUAUAGCAAACAAAGAUGAAACAUAUUUAGCUAAACAACAAGCUAAAACCACAAAUCAAAAAUCAAUUACUGAAGCUAAAACCAAUCCUUCAACCACUAUGAUCACCUCCAAUGAAUCUAUUCACGUAUCUAAAAAUAAUAAAUCACCAAUAAUCAUGCUUGCUGGACCUCCAGGUACUGGUAAAACAUCUUUAGCUAAAUCAAUUGCUUCUGCUUUGGGACGUAAUUUCCAAAGAAUCUCUCUUGGUGGUAUUAAAGAUGAAAGUGAAAUUAGAGGACAUAGAAGAACUUAUGUUGGAGCUAUGCCCGGGUUAUUAAUUCAAGCAUUACGUAAAUCAAGAUGUAUGAAUCCAGUGAUUUUAUUAGAUGAAAUUGAUAAAGUUAUUGGUGGUAAUAAUUCUGGAGGAGUUAAUAAAUUCAAUGGUGAUCCUUCAGCAGCGUUAUUAGAAGUAUUAGACCCAGAACAAAAUAAUACUUUUAUUGAUCACUAUUUAGGAUUCCCAAUUGAUUUAUCACAAGUAAUAUUCAUUUGUACAGCCAAUGAUCCAUGGAAUAUGACAAGACCAUUAUUAGAUAGAUUAGAAACGAUCGAAAUUGGUGCUUAUGAUUAUAAUGAAAAAUUAAUUAUUGGUAAAAAAUAUUUAUUGCCUAGACAAAUUAAACGGAAUGGAUUCCCAGUUGUUGACACCAAAAAAAUGACAACGGUGGUAGCGGGUAGUAGUAAUCAAGAUGAAUUUAUUAGAAUAAAUGAUGCUACUAUGAAAAAAGUUAUACUUGAUUAUACCCGAGGAGAAGCUGGAGUUAGAAAUUUUGAAAGACGAUUAGGAACAUUGUGUCGAUUUAAAGCCGUUGAAUAUUGUGAAUGGUUAAAUAAGGAUAUUAAAAAUUAUAAUCCCAUAAUUGAUGAAAAUGAUUUACCAAUUUAUUUGGGAGUUCCAUAUUCACUGGGUGAUGUAACUACUGAAGGGACAGUCGGAGUUGGAGUUGUUCAUGGAUUAUCAUAUAAUUCUGAUGGAUCUGGAUCAGUAUUAGUUUUUGAAAGUAUUGGAUUUGACAGAAGAAUCAGCAAUAAAGAACACAAUGGUGGAAAUGGAGCUACAUUAAAUAUGACUGGUAGAUUGGGCGAAGUAUUAAUGGAAAGUGGUAAGAUUGGAUUAGUAUUUAUUAAACUGAUGAUUUAUAAAAAUAUAUUAAAAUUUGAUAACAACAACAACAACAAACAUUUAUUGUUGGACAAGUAUAAUAAUUUGGAUAUUCAUAUGCAUGUUCCUAUGGGGUCAGUAUCUAAAGAUGGCCCCUCAGCAGGAGUAACCAUGGCAUUACUGUUUUUAUCAGUAUUAUUAGAUAAACCAGUACCAUCAGAUAUUGCCAUGACUGGUGAAAUCACUUUAAGAGGGAUAAUAUUACCUAUUGGAGGAGUUAAAGAAAAAUUAAUGGGAGCUCAUUUAAAUUCAAAUAUUAAACGAAUGAUUGUACCUCGAGAAAAUCGUAAAGAUUUAAUAAAAGAAUAUAGUAGAAGUAUUGAAGAAGCUGGUGAAGUAUUAGAUCAUCAUUUAAUUAAUGAUUUAAUUAAAGAUAAUGAAGAUAAGGAAUUUAAAUUGACUCAAGUGGAAGAAUAUUAUCAAAAUAAAUAUGGUAUAUCUUUGUUUUAUGCUAAAGAAUUUUAUGAUAUUAUUAAAAUUGUUUGGAAUGAAGACGAAGUGUUAUUAAAGCAAGAUAAUUCAAGAUUACUUGAAUAUCAUAUUUAA